AUGUCGGCCACAUCGGACGACAAUAAGGAAUACGAUUUCGAUUUUUUCGUGAUUGGAGCGGGAUCGGGGGGUAUGGCCUCAGCCCGACGAGCCGCUACCUAUGGUGCAAAGGUUGCUGUGACGGAAGUUGCUCGUCUUGGUGGAACGUGUGUAAAUGUUGGGUGUGUGCCCAAAAAAGUCAUGUGGAACGCUGCAUCCAUUGCCGAAUCGGUCCAUGAUAUGAGUCACUAUGGGUUCUCUGGUAUGGACAAUAUCACGUUCGAUUGGAAUGUUCUCAAACAAGCUCGGGACAAGUAUAUUGCGCGUUUGAACGGAAUCUACGACCGGAAUCUGGACAAUUCAGGUGUCACCAAAAUUCUUGGUUAUGCGUCCCUAUCGGGACCUGGUGAAGUCCACAUCCAACCCAGCGAAGGCGAUCCGAUCAAAUAUACUGCGAAGCACAUAUUGAUUGCCGUCGGAGGAGUCCCCGUCUUUCCGAAAGGCGAAGGCAUUGAGGAAUACGCGAUCAGUUCCGACGGUUUCUUUGAAUUGGAGGAACUCCCGCGCAAAGCUGUAGUGGUCGGCGCAGGAUACAUCGCCGUCGAGCUCGCGGGUGUCUUGCAGGCGCUAGGAACCGACACAAAAUUGGUUGUUAGGAAGGGGCAGGCGCUGCGCCACUUUGACGAAAUUCUCCGCGACACCUUGGAUGAAGAAAUGCAGCGACAAGGUAUUGAGAUUUAUCGCAACACGGACGGCGUAGAAAAGAUCGAAGCCGACAGCGACGGUCUCAAAACCGUAUACCUGCAGAAUGGUGAAAAGAUCGAAGGCGUGGAUACUGUACUGAUGGCUCCAGGACGCCGUCCCAACGUCGACAGGUUAAACCUGGUGGAGUUAGGCGUUGAGCAAAAGAAGGGAGGCUAUAUUGCCGCCAACGAGUAUUCGGAAACAAAUGUGGACGGUAUUUAUGCCUUGGGAGAUGUCUGUGGAAACGUUGAGUUAACGCCGAUGGCCAUAGCUGCAGGGAGGCGCCUCGCCGAUCGCCUCUUUGGGGGCCCAGCAUUCAAGGACGCAAAAGUUUCAUACGACUUGGUUCCCACAGUAGUCUUUUCUCAUCCGACGAUUGGUACUAUCGGUUUGUCGGAAGAGGAAGCUAAGGAGAAAUAUGGUAAGGAAAAUGUCAAGGUAUACCGGUCCAAGUUUGCCAACUUGUACUACGGACCAUGGCAGAUCGAGCCGGAGGACAAGCCCAAAACAGCGAUGAAAUUAAUUUGUGCUGGAGAGAAUGAAUUGGUGGUGGGUCUACACGUGAUUGGUAUGGGAGCGGACGAAAUGCUACAAGGAUUUGGAAUUGCGCUUAAGAUGGGAGCCACGAAGGCCGACUUUGAUGCUACCAUAGCAAUCCAUCCAACUGCCGCCGAGGAGUUCGUUACCAUGUUUCCUUGGGGACUUUCUCCACAAAAGACUGGAGCGAUCCAGAGCCCUUUGAACGGUGCUUCCCCUCCGGAAGUUUGA